UAAGCUUGACAUUUGUAACGUCACCAUGUUUGCGUUAUCUGUGCUCAGUGUUUUGAAAGUAACUUUCUUAUUUCAUCUGCAAUAGUUAGUGCUUGUGUUCCUGAAGUAACAUUUUCUUUUUAAUGACAAUGCCAUUGUCUCCCUUAAUGUUUCCCAGUGUCUAAAUGCUCUUAGCAUGGUCUCUGCCCCUGAAAGUGAGUGGCCUUGAGGCUUGGUUGCAGAGGGACUGGGGCUCCCAUGAUGUUCAGCACUGGGCUCUGAUCACCCCUGAGGACACAGUGCCCCCCAGGACCUUUGACACCUGGGGGUCUGAGGGGCCCUGGCUCUGAGGAAGUGUGGAUGGGGGACGGUGGUUGCCCUGCACCCCACUGACCUGGUCCCCUCCCCAACUCCUUCCUGCAGGUGGUUCCUCCAGGAGUCAGCAGCCCCACCAUCCCUCUUGGUAAGAACAGAAGAGAUACCCUUCUAUUGCAUGUUACAUUUCUGAGGUUAUGAAUUUCUAGUUAAUAAGACAUAAGUUAUGGUAAUGUUGAUAUAGUGAAAGACAGAUGCUGAGCACCCACUCUGAGCCAGGUGCAGUGCUAAGCACUAGUUCCUUCUGCCUCAGUAACCCUGUGAACUGGGCUGUUUGUCCCUGUUCCACAGGUGAGGACCUGUGAGUACAAAGAGAUUCUGCUUUCCCCAUGCCUCAGGGUUUCAGUACACAGAAAGGAUCUCAGGAGUCGAUGGUAGAACUGUUGGAUAUGUCCCAAAUCCAAGAUGCAGGAUUAGAACACGAAUCAAAGCAAAAUAAUCGCAUCACUGGCCGCACACACUGGAUAGUUACUAAAACUUAGGUGGUGUGACGUCCUACAGAUGGCGACUGCAAAGAAAAGAAAAGUUGAUGCAGAGUGUCGAUCUUUCCAAGAGAAAUGGACAAAUGAUUAUUUUUUUGUUGAAGUCAAAGGCAAACCUGUGUGCCUAGUUUGUGGCAGUGCAUUAGCAGUAAUGGAAAAAGCCAAUCUGGAGCAUCAUUACAGUUCAAAACAUGCUCAACUCAAUGAAUUGGGAGGCCAAAUGCGUCUGGAUAAAAUCAGUGCUCUUCAGCGGAGUUUGGAAUCACAACAAGCCGCUUUCACUAGGCCUCCUUGUGACAGAGACAGCGUUAUUCAGACAAGUUAUGUAGUGAGCGAGCUAAUCGCAAAGAAGCUGAGGCCUCAUGUAGAGGGAGAGUUUGUGAAAGAGUGCAUGGUGGCUGCUGCAGAGUUGUUAGCACCGGACAAAGUAAAAUUGUUUCAGAGUGUUAGUUUGUCUCGGAGAACUGUCUCAGAUCGGAUUACUGAUUUAGCACAAGAUAUUGAAAAAACACUGAAGGAUUCUGCAGGAGAUUUUCAGUUUUUCUCUCUGGCUUGUUUUGAGACAACGGACAUAACAAAUACUGCCCACCUGGCCAUUUUUGUUCGUGGGAUAACUGCAGAGUUUGACACACGAGAGGAACUGCUGUCACUGGAAGCCUUGCAUGGCGCUACAAGAGGUGAGGACUUGUUUGAGAGACUUGUUUUAUCAAUGAAAAAGCUUGAGCUAACAUUUGGAAAGUUAAGUGGCCUUACUACAGAUGGAGCUCCAGCCAUGGUUGGCUCGCAGAAAGGGUUAAUUGCAUUUGUCAAGAAAGAACUGAAUCGUCUCAGUCUUGACCCAAGUGAUUUAAUUAUAUGUCACUGCAUCAUACACCAAGAAAGUCUCUGUGCACAGUCAUUGCGGCUCAACAAUGUGAUGUCAACAGUAGUGUCGUGCAUAAAUUUUGUCAAAAGCAGAGGGUUUAACAGCCACCAGUUUAAGGAGUUACUGAAUGAUCUUGACUCUGAGAACGGUGAUCUUGUUUAUCACUGUGAAGUACGGUGGCCGAGUCGCGGGAGCAUGCUCAUGAGGUUUUAUGAACUAAGGGAUGAAGUCAGGCAGUUCAUGGAGAUGAAGGGGAAACCUGUCAGGGAACUUAGUGACAGCACAUGGCUGUGUGAUCUAGCAUUCAUGGUGGACAUCACCAAGUACCUCUCAGAGCUGAACGUCAAGCUGCAGCGCCCCAACCAGCUUCUCAGCUCCCUGCUUUCAAAUGUGAAAUCAUUUGAAGCUAAAUUAAGGCUGUGGAAAGUGCAGCUCGAAAGGAAUAACACAGUGCAUUUCCCCACUCUGGAAGGACAAAAGCCUUCCUCUACGGUUGAAUAUGCUGGUGAAUGUGCGAAACUGACUGAGGCAUUGAAUGAAAGAUUCAGGGACAUAAAAAGUAAACAGAUGGAACUGAACAUCUUUGCUACACCGUUCAACGUGGAACCAGCUGAUGUGCCUGAUAACCUACAGCACGAAAUCAUUCAGCUGCAGAGCGACGACGAGCUGAAAGCGAGGUACAACAACCUCCCACUGCUUGAGUUCUAUAAACGUUACAUCAGCAGUGACGAGUUUCCCACUCUGAGGAGACAUGCAUUGAAAUAUGCAUCUGUGUUCGGAACAGCUUAUUGCUGUGAGCAGUUCUUUUCAAAACUUACCAUCACAAAGAGUCGACAGUGCUCCAGACUGACCGACGCAAACCUGGAAAAGCAGUUGCGAGUAGCAACAUCAUCAAUACCAGCUAACAUCACACGCCUCACCAAAGAGAAGCAGUUCCAGCCAUCACAUUAGGGGGAACCCGUGACCAUGGCCGAGACUGCACUGGUGCCCACCCAGAUGGGGCUGGGAGAACACUACCACACAUACACCGAGCUCCUGGCCAUCUCUCAGCGCUUCAAGCAGAUACCUGAGGAGCCCAUGAUCACCUGGAUCCUGCGGGUAUAUGACCAGGAUGGCUCAGCCCUGCCCCUGAAUUCCCAGGAGUUCCCACUGCUGGGCGACCUGACCCAUGACACCAUCUUCAACUGCCUCUGUAAGGGCCUGCGUGGUGGCAGCAAGACACUGCUCACCUGGCUGCUGCAGGCCUGGCGCCAGCGCUGGAAAUCCUUUGUGCACUUUGAGGUCACCGAGCUGCCCUUCGGGCCGUGGCUCACUGUGGAGCAAGGCAUCCAGCUUGCCCGCCAGUUGGGCAUGCUGGACUGGAUCUACCGCAAGCCUGCAUCUGAUCAGGCGCCAUAGCCUGCGCCCGAUGAUGUGCCCUUCACAAAGGGCCUGCAGCAGCGCCUGCUGGCCCUGGCCAGGUCCUCUGAGCACCGGCUCUCUCUGGGCAGCCUGCUGGUCAAGGGCAUGACAGUGCUGGAGGUGGUGAUGGAGAUCCAGGCCAGAGUCCAGCCCAAGGACCAUCUGGGCUGGCUCCGGAGCCAAGGCAUGUCCAAGGAGAGGGUGGACAAGGAGCCCGCCCAGGUCCCCCUGGAUCUGUACAUCAAAGACAAGCAGUCUCGGCCUCCCAGCCUACAUGCUAGAGGAAUAGAAACUGCUCCUGGGCCCUGGCUAGGAGCCCCUAGUUUCCAGAGCAGCCAGCAGGGCAGGGAGCUGGGACCUCAAGGAGGAGAUGCAAAGCCCCCGGAGAGGCCCCAGGAUGGAAUGAGGAACUGCCCACCUGCUCUUGAGCCUCCUGUGGGCAGGCCACCCCCACAGUUUUUGAGGAGCCCAGGAGAAGAAGGUGUCCUUGCCCCUAACCACCCCAUGAGUGUCACUGGCCAGGAUUGGAGGACAGGAGUGAGCUGGCUGGGCACACAGUGGCUUCUUAGAGACCCCAGCCCACCUCUUACAUUUCAGCCCAAACGGCAUGGUGGGUGGGCACCCGCCUUUCUGCCCACAGGCCCCCAAAGCACUACAAGCCCAGCGGAGAGACCUCAUGGCCCACUACAAGAAGUUUGUACCAUUUUUGUUAUGUUCUGUUUUAUUUAAUGCAUUGUUUUUACUUAACACUUUAAGCAUAUACAGCAUUUUGUUUUUAAGGACA